UUAAAAGUUCCCAUCCUCAGCGUUGUUCUAAAUCGGCAAAGAUCCUUUAUCUCCUCAUGGACGCAAACCUCGCCUUCUCUCACGAUGGCCAAGCUCUCUUCCUUCUCCUUGUUCUUCUUACUCCUCUCCUCCUUAUGCUCAGCCGGCGAGAUUGCUGACGAUUUGAGAUUCUCUGACAAGACUGAUUUGCCGGCUUUCACUGCCAAGAAACUUAUCCGCGCCCUCAACCUCCUCCCCAAGGAGCUUUCUCCCGAUCACGCAACUGCUGCUGAUGUCUUACCGGGAUCGAUCAUCGAGAGGCCGAUCCGGCUCUCCAGCUUCUCGAGUAAGGACUCUGUCGAGGAUCUAGGGCACCAUGCUGGCUAUUACCGGCUCCCCCAUUCUCACGACGCCAGGCUGUUCUACUUUUUCUUUGAGUCCAGGAAUGAUCCUGUAGUUGUUUGGUUGACUGGUGGACCGGGUUGCAGCAGCGAAUUGGCUGUUUUCUAUGAGAACGGGCCUUAUAAAAUAGCUGACAACUUGUCAUUGGAGUGGAACGAAUUUGGUUGGGAUAAGGCAUCAAAUCUUAUAUAUGUUGAUCAGCCUACCGGAACUGGAUUUAGCUACAGUUCAGACAAACGUGAUAUUCACCACGAUGAAGCUGGUGUUAGUGGUGAUUUGUAUGAUUUCUUACAGGCCUUUUUCUCGCAUCACCCAGAGUAUGUGGAUAACGAUUUUUAUAUCACGGGAGAAUCUUAUGCUGGGCCUGCUUUUGCAAGCCGUGUUCACCAGGGAAACAAAGCUAAAGAGGGCAUCCACAUCAAUUUGAAGGGAUUUGCCAUUGGUAAUGGACUCACUGAUCCUGCUAUCCAGUACAAAGCCUAUCCGGACUAUGCAUUGCAAAUGGGAAUAAUAGAUGAAUCAGACUAUAAAAGUCUCAAUAAAAUAGUUCCAGUUUGUGAGGUGGCCAUUAAGCUUUGCGGUACUUCUGGAAGAAUUGCUUGCCUGGCUUCAUAUUUGGUUUGCAACGUAAUUUUUAGUUCGAUAUUGAAGAUUGCGGGGAAUAUCAAUUAUUACGACAUCAGAAAGGAAUGUAAGGGCAGCUUGUGUUAUGAUUUCUCAAACAUGGAGAAAUUCCUUGAUCUAAAGCCAGUCAGAGAAUCUCUUGGAGUUGGUGAAAUAGAAUUUGUUUCAUGCAGCCCCACUGUAUAUGAGGCCAUGCUAGCUGACUGGAUGAAGAACUUGGAAAUGGGCAUCCCUGCUCUUCUUGAGGACGGCAUCAAUCUGCUUAUUUAUGCUGGGGAGUAUGACCUCAUAUGCAACUGGCUUGGAAACUCGAGAUGGGUUCAUGCCAUGGAGUGGUCUGGUCAAGAAGCAUUUGUCUCAUCAUCUGAGAAGUCAUUUACUGUACAUAGCAAGGAAGCUGGAGUGUUAAAGAAUCAUGGUCCUCUCACUUUUCUCAAGGUUCUUAACGCAGGACACAUGGUUCCCAUGGAUCAGCCCAAUGCAUCACUGGAGAUGCUGAAAAGAUGGAUGAAUGGAAACCUGGUUGAUGCUACUUCAGAACCUCAAGGCCUGGCUUCUGAUAUGUAAGACAAUAAAAAACCUUCCAUGUUUCUAUCAUACAAUUUAUACAUGUUUUGUUUAAUACUUAGCUGUUGGCAAUGGUUAUAAUCCAUUUUGAUUGAAUUGUAAUGUGGUGAACAAGGCCAUGUUUAUAUUUUCAGCGGUAUAAUACAUUUUUGUAUAACACUAA